GGAGUGUGGUGUGCGGCUCCAGCGCUUGCGACCGCCUGUGCGAGCGCUCUGUCGUGUAACGCGCCACAGCCGCCGACAUGCAGCCGCCGCGCGCCGCCGCUCACCGAUAAUUUCGCACACGCAUCGCCGUGCACGUCGCACACGCCCGAGGUGCGUGUGGCGGGGGCCGCCAGCGAGAACGGUGCAUUCGUCACGCACGCCGCUCGCAUCAAAACAAAACGCAGCCGUGAGCGAACAGCGAGAAGAACGCCGACGCCGUCACACACCGCGAUGUGGCCGCCACUGCCGCCGCUGCAGCGCUAAAAAUACCGCCGGCCCGCCGCCGACCGACGGCGAAUCGAAGAUAUCAAAAUCGAAGCGGCCGUGACGCGCGCGCUGGUCCCUACAAAGGGACCUUAUCUCACGGGCGCCCACGGUACUCGCGAGUGAAAACAACUCUAGGUUAAACAAAACUCUGUUGAAUUACGCCGAAAACAAUAGAUACAACUGUAAAACCCACAGCAUCAGUGAUAACAAAUCAUCAUAAUGUGAAGCGCCAACCGGAGAAGAGAUUUUAACUGAAUGGUUUGAGGGUGAUUUUUGGAUUGGAAGCGAAUUCAGGACAGCUACAAAGAUGGGGAACUCUUGUAGCAGCGGGCAGGGGCACAAGGAUAAGGACAACAUGUCCCAGCGGUCCGAGGAAUCUGGUAGCUAUCAAGUCCGUACAAGUCUACCGUCAAAUAAACAAAAAGUCCUUUUGAACCACGUGACUGGAUCUGAAAGUGGAGGUGGCGGCCAUACAGGUGUCCUCCUUGAACCCUCGACCGCCGGCCAACCUUUGACGGUUUCAAAACAGCCAGAAAACAAAACUCUACGAGGCGUUGCCGUCACCAGCGUUUCGGAUUCGAUGUCCUUGAGUUCACCCCCAGGCACGCAAAGUCCCAAGGACUUUGACAAGUCCGGGACUACGCACGUCCCGCCAGAAAUUGCCAGCCUUUCCGAACAACUCCAAAAUCUAAUUAUGGGCAAAGUAGCUCAAUGCAAAACCAUUACGAAAACACGAAAAAUCGUCAUCUAUGUUUGCGCAGCGGAUUCGCAAGACUGCUGCGUAGAAAAAGGCAAUCUUCACAAUGUAAUUUAUCCAGAGCUAAGAACUCACUGCAGGGAAAAGGGCUACGAGUUGCAUAUAGUCGACCUUCAUUGGAAGACCUUAUUGGAGAAACAACAAGAUCAUGAGUUCCCAGAAUUGUGUAUCGGCGAAUUACAACGGCAAACUGAAGUGGCGUACGUGAUCCCGGUUUUGUUUUUGAGCAAUUCAUUGGGAACUCCGUUACUACCAAUCUCGAUUGAACAGAGCGACUAUCAAAUGGCACUGGAUAGUGUGGCGGAUGAAACUGAUCAAAAACUGUUGUCCAAGUGGUACCAACUUGAUGCGGCUGCACAACCACCUUGUUAUCGGCUACAACCAAUAUCAAGUCAUAUUCCUGGGUUUAAGGAAACCUCUACAGAAGAUCGAGAGAAGGCACUGGAAGAAUGGCGUAGCGAAAUUGAAAAAAUGAUAUCAAUUCUGAUCGGUGUAUUCAGUCAAGAAUUGCGGGAUACUUAUUUAACAACAGUUGUGGAGCAAGAAGUGCAUAAUACAGUGUUCAUGAGUCAAGAACUAGCAAAGAGAUGCAUUUGGAUCAACAGGGUGUACACCCCAACAGAAAAAACUCCUGAUAAUAUGUCACCAGUUGAAGGGGAAUUACACCGAAGGCUACACACGUUACAACGCGAUUUAAGAAAUCAACUGGCUGAGAAGCACAUUGUGCGUUUACCAGUCCGCUAUGUCGAAGGCGGUCUUAGCAUGGACAUUCCAGAACACGAAGAGUACAUCGAAUCAGUAGAGAUGUACCUCUCCAAGCACCUCACCGAAAUGGUGGAUUGCAUUAUCGAUGAGCACCAGAGCAAAACAAUGCUCAAACCAUCUUACGGAAUUGAUGUAUCAAUCUUUGAGGAAUUGAACCAGCAGACAACUUUCUGCCAGAAAGCAGCUCAAUGCUCCGUUAAUCGCGAGUACACCAUCAAUGAGAUUAAAACGUACAUCACCAGCGAAAAUCACUCACCUUUGGUCAUUUAUGGUCCAGGUGGUUGUGGAAAAACCACUUUACUCGCACGCCUCGCACAAUGUUGUCUCCAAUGGCAACCGGAAGCGUUCCUUGUCUUCCGGUUCGUUGGGAUCAGCGCGCAGUCGAGCACCAUUGAACAAUUACUCUGUUCGAUCGUCCAUCAAUGUUCCAUCCUCACGUAUGGGUAUAAAUCAUCUGCACCACAUACAAUUCAAAGCUAUGCAAAAGCCCUGCCAACGUUGUUGAACGCCACGUGUUUACAACGCCCUCUGAUCGUUCUUCUCGAUGGAAUCGAUCAGACGAAGAGUUUUAGUUCAAAGACUCUUGAUUGGUUACCGUUAAAACUACCGGAUAACAUUAAAUUACUAUUAUCAGUAACGGAUAACAGCGAUAUGCACAAGGAGAUGAUGCGGAAAUUAGAUGCGAAGGCUUUUGUAAAAAUGCCUGUCUUGGGAGAAAAUGAAGCAAAGGGUAUUCUUAUGUCCAGCGUGGUUCAGUACAAUCACAGUGUCAACUCAAAAAUACAAGAUUGUGUUUUGAAAUCAGUUCAGGAGUGUACGCUUCCUUUAUAUUCGAAAGUUUUGGCUUGGCAGACAUCUUGGUGGGCCGAUAAAGAACACGACAUUGUGCCAAAGGGCGAUGUUCACAACCAACUCUCAUUGAUGUUAGAGGAAUUAGAAAUGAUUUUAGGUACCACUCAAGUUCAACACGCCUUGGCGCUUGUGACAUUUACAAAACAUGGAAUUACAGACUCUGAAAUGAUUGAUCUGUUGUCGUUUGAUCAAACGUUUCAUGCAAAUGCUACAUUUGUACAUUGGGCACCGGCGUGUUUAAUGUGGUCUCGUCUUAAUAAACAUCUAGCACCAUUUUUACAAUGGCAACUGGUUGGUACUGUAUUGGGCGUACAAUGGCGUGACAAUCUACUCUUCAACGCUGUUAAAGCGCGGUACAAGGAGAGCGAGACGUGGGCGCAUCAAAUGCUUUACGAUUAUUACAACGGCAAAUGGUGGUCCGAAAAACCGGAUCAUUUGGUCGCUAGGCUAGUCACCCAACAAACAAUAUUAGGCAAAUGUUACAACCGACGAAAAUUAGACGAAUUACCCUAUCAAUAUUUCUAUCUGAAGUGGGACAAACUUCCAACGUCGGAAUAUUUGAACAACUUAGACUGGAUCUACGAGAAAGUCUGUGGUUCAAAUUGUUUCCAGAUAUUAGAAGAUUUAUAUCUGUGUUACAAGGAACGCAUACCCGAGAGUAAAUUCUUGGAGUUACUGCGUGAUUUCCUGCAGAUCUAUGUGAAUAUUUUGAAUUAUGAUGGGACGCAGUUCUACGCGCACUUUUGCACGUAUCUGAAUGCCAAGAUGGAGGCGAAUGAUGAGUACAAAUAUGAUCCAAAAGUGGCGGAGGUGUACAAAAUGUGUGCGAAACCGCCAGUGGCGUCGCUGAUUCCGUUCAACUUAUCUAAUAGUCUUACUGAAGAAGAUACUAAUGUCGCUGUGUUCAAACCGUUCGAUCUGAUCGUCCGACUGCCCGGAACUGAUCAAUUUAUCGUUACUGUGUCUACUGAUAAAGAAGAGAUAUGUGUGUGGAAUGUUAAAACGAAUGAGCGUGUUAGAAAACUAAAAGGCAUCCCACAACCGAUUAAUUUAAUUCCAAUUGAUCAGAAUCGAUGUAUAGUUCUAUGCCGACGUGAAUUGCGCGUGUAUAAUUUGGACGAAGGCACUUUUGUGACUAAGUUGAAAGGUGUGAUGAAUCAGAAGAUGCCCUAUUUUGGGCUGCACGAUGACACGCAUUUGGUGGCGUUGAGCAGGAAUCGAAUGUAUGUUAAUCUCAUGAAUUUGGAGAGUGGUGAUUGCGUCACGACGUUCAAAGCGGGCGAGGAUCGCUUCUUGAAUUCCCUGCUGGUUUCGGGGGAUGGAAGGGUGCUUGUCUGCGGCGACGAAACGCAAAAACCAUUCCCACUUUUAGUCUGGAAUUUACAAUCCAGAAAGUUGUUGUAUGAUUUGAGAAUUCCUCAUCAUGACUUUAUUACAUCUCUAUCGGCUAUUACAUAUGAAGGCAAUUAUGUAUGUUGUGUUUGUCACGAAAUUGACGAACCAAAUCCUAACUUCAUUGUUGUCUACGAUCUACAAAGUGGUACUUUGUUUAAAAAAUGGAAGCCAUCUUGUGAUACGGUUUCGUUGGAGAUUAGUUCUCAAGGAGGAUGUGUGAUCUCGGGAUUGGAGGAUGCGCGAAUAUUAGUGUGGGAUCUUAUCACUGGCAACUGCCGAUGGUCUUUGCAGGGACACACAGCACCUGUGAACACGCUCAAGUUAGAUCCCAUCGGAUCUCUUUGUCUUUCCACUGAUAUCAACGGCAGGGACAAGUCUAUUCGUGUAUGGGACGUAGAGAAAGGAAAUUUGGUUGCUGUUUACACAACAAACAGAAACAUUAUAUCCUGUGAGAUACUCUCAAAUGGUCUGCAUGUGGUUCUUGCCGUUCAAGGUCUUGAGGAGCUAGUGGUUUUAAAACUAAACGGUCCUGACGUCCAGCAGGACGACAACGACACUGUCUUCGGUGCAGAGGUGCGAACUCAUGCAGAGUUUGAGCUGAAAGAUGAGAAUUGCUGAUUGAAUGAAACAUAAUGAAUUGCGAUGAAUUGAGAGUCCUUGAAAACGGAGUUUAAUGACCUAACUAUUUGAUGUUGGUUUUUCCGAUGUCGUGCGCCGCGCGGCCAGAAUUCAGCACCGAUGUACCAAAAAACAUGAAUCAUGAAUCUAUGUGUGUAACGUAAGGAGAAAAAAAAAAUGGAUAAUCAAGUAUAAGCAAGCAAAGAAACAUCGUGAUUGAGAUAGACAAGGUGCAAGUAAUAAAAAGAAAAAAGGAUCAAGAUAAAGUUGAAAGUUGAUGUCAAAAAAAAGUUGGAAAAAUGUUAGUCACGUAGUCCAUCUCUUAAAUUACGAUGUGUGUGUUAAUGAAUGGUAACUUAAGCUGCAAAACAAAAUGCGAUAACUAGUAGGGAGUUGAACCGAUGGAAAGCCCACCGAUUAAAAGGGUAAUUAAUGCAUUAAAAUACAUGGGCUUCGGUUGAACGUAAAAAAAAGCAUAAAACACGAGUUCAGACACGAAUCGUUAACCCAAAGACACCGAUACCGAUACCAAAUCCAAGAAAAGUUAUAACUAAAACUAAUUAUAAGUAAACAUUAGCCGUAAGUAAUUUAAAGCAAACGAGUCGACCGCGCUGGUUGUGGCCGCACUCGCUAGUCGUUUAGCUUAUAAUAUUAUAAAUAAUUAUAAAUUAAUUCUCAUACAAAGUGAGUCAAGUCGAUGAAAAGUCUCUCUAUCUCUCAUUACAAUGUAAAUGUACUUCUCAUCAUGUCUCUCUAGUACUAUAAUAACUGUCGGGUAUCAUUUUCUCAUUCUUCACUCACCACUUCAUCCACACAUACACGACACGAGUUUUGCUUGCAAACUAAAAAUCAUAAACCAAAAAAGCGCAACAUACAAUGAGGGGCAGCUCACAAGAACAAAGAAAAAUCGUGUAACAUAUGUAUAAUACAAGAAUAUUGACUAUUGUUUAUGAUUAUCGAUAAAUAAUUAUAGAAUCGUUAGGGAUCACGAUCCUUUAGUUUUUUGGUUGUGAUAGUCCUGUAUCGCCAAUUGUAGUCGUUUAAGUUUGCGUUCCAUGCCAAAAUACCAGAAUUGCACUUGAAUUUCAAUUUGUUUCACGAAUAUUAUCGCACAUUACACAAAUAAUGAUCCAAAGUAUUUUAAAAUACUAAAAUAUUAUCAAUGAUUUUUAAAUAUGAUUUUUUAAACAAAUAAUGCAAAUUUUUAAUUUAACACUGAUAUUUUGGAUCACCAACUGUUUGAAUACUUAUGAAUCAGAACUUAGACAAAUACCGAGUAGUUUUGUGUGUGCGUGUAUGUAAACUGUAAAUUAAUCGUCACUCUUUGAAGUUAAUUGUUGAGCAGAAGUCUCAAAAAGCAAAAUAUGAUGCGAAAUCGAAAAUGGACGUUUAUAACAUUCCAAACGUAUCAGCAAGUAUGGUAUACAUUUGAUUUUUGAAGUUUUGGACCAAACUUAUGCAACGCUACAGUGUACAAAACCAAAAAAACGAUGAAAUGUGAAAACAUGAAUGUAAUUUCCGAUUAGUUUAUCCCAACAAGGACCAACAACUAAAACUAAAACAUUAUUAUAACAUAUAAAACACAACAACAACGUAACCUUUAAGAAAGACUCAUUUGCGCUACAGAUAUACAACAUACAUUUUGUUAGCUUUGUAUAAAACUUUGUUCCGUGUGAAUUUUGUAAAAACCUUUGUUAAAAACGAAAAAUGUGACCGUACUUAACAAAAACUGUUGCUCCAACUACUUUCUGUCAGUUGUAUUUUCUGUCUAUAACUUUGUGGAUUUAUUGUUACUGAUGUUCUUAUAAUUUGCAUAAUACGACAACGGAGAAAAGUAAGCAAACUUAAGUUUUGAUUAAAUUAUUAUUAUUAUUUGGCUAGUACACAAUUGUAAAGUAAAUUACAAUUACUGAAACUAUUCCCAUCUGGUAUGCGGAACAAAAUGAACAAAUAAUUUAAACAACUACUGUAAACAAUGUAAACGAUUUGAAUCUGUCUGAAUCUGCACUGGAAAUUUAUCUGUAACACUUUUCUUCAAAUGGGGUAAAUUUACAAAUCAACAACACUAUGAGAAUUUAAAGCGAAACAAAAAAAAGCAAAACUGAAAUGAUUAUGAUUAGAAGUAAAGUGAAUUACAAUGAAUGUACCAAAAAAUCACUUAUGACAAAACUAAAUUAUAACUAAGUGAACACACACGAUGAAAAUAUGAAGAUAUGAAAUAAAGUUAUUUUAAAAAUA